UGAGUAAAUGUAUGUCUUUCAAUCACGACAUAUGUGCUUAUAUAUAUGUAUAUAUAUGUAGUUAGGAAACGGAGGUUGGUUACUUAGAGAAUUUAUCGGAAAAUCUGACAGCUGGUAAAAAUUAAAUUUUGAAUUUUGCCGCCAAAUGGUAAAACAGAUUUGAAAUUUUAGGUUGUGAUGAAUAUAGCAACUAAAUAUUAUUGUAUUGGUAAAUUUAUAAACAAACAAUAAUAAUUGUUAAUUUAAAUAAUAAUUACGAGCGCGGAAGUUAAUAAACUGAGUGCGCUCAUUAGUUUUGCUGAUAAAUCUCCAGGAAAUUUGAUGGGGGAUUGAAAAAAAAUAGACGAUCAACUUGGGUUUGGAGGUUUUAAUUUUUAAAAAAUUAAAAUAAUGGGGAAGAGAAAACGCAAAGUCGAUGCCGCGGAACCGCAGUGCGAUUUUCAAAUAAAAAUAAUGGGAAAUUCUGACGAGGUCCAGGAUAUUGUAAAUGAUAUCCAAACUAGUUUUAAUUUCGAUGACUUUUUCAAUCAACCUGCAACGAGUAACUCCGUGGAAGAGGUAACUUUUAAUUUAUUGAACUCAACUCCUCCGCCGCUGGUUGCCAUCAGUGACAAGAACACGGAAGACAACAAGCCCAGGAAAAAAUUGAAAAUGGUAGACGAACAAAUACUUCCUAAACGAGUCGUCCUGGUCGUUCCGAAAAACUCACCCUCAAGAACUUCAAUGCCCGGAACUAGCAGCAAUCAAACCCCCAGUGAUUCAGUUCCCAAUGGAGAUGACAGCUGUCAAAAAAUUGUAACCACUCCAGUUUCGGCGGCAAAUGACAGCGAUAAAUUUAAAACUCCUGAUAAAUCAUCUGGAAUUAAUGACACUCUGAUUAAAAUAACCCCCAAGAAUACAAAUAAUCAAGAGAUUAAAAGUCCCAAUAGAUUGGCGCGAAAAAAAAAUUUAAAUUCAAAUUUAAAUGGAGAUGUAUUUAAAAAUUCACCAAAGCUUCCAGUUGAUGAAAAUAAAUUAGUUGACAUAAAUAAAUUACCAAAAGUUGAGAUAAAUUUCCACGAAAUCGCGCCAAGUUUAAAUGGUAAUUUAAAAAAUUCGCCUAAAGUUAAAUUGCAAUUGCGAGCAGCAGAUCCAAAUUUAUUAAAAAGCGAUGAGUUUAAAGAAAAAAUAAGAAAGUUCAGAGAAAAAUCAAAUGAUUCCAUUAACGAAUCAAUUCAUUCUUUAACUGACAAUACUUCAGUUAAUAUUUCAUUGAUACCCAGAGACUCCAUCAAUAAUUAUUUGGUAAAGAACAAACUCACUAAUGAUUCUUUGGAAAAUGACAAAAAUAAGUCAGUUGAUAAAACUGGCGGUAAUUUAAAAAUAGAAAAACCACCGAAGAAAGAAACGGCAGCAGUCAAUAGUGCGAGCGCUAGUGCAAAUGUUAGUAAAAAAAAUACAACCGAGGUGUCAGAAAAUUUGGUAUCAACGACCACUGAGUCGACUCAAUUGAAUAAUAAAAUAAAUAAUAAGAACUGUCAGUGCAGUCAAAUGAACAUAAUGGUCGACAUCGUCUGGGGACUGUUGGAUAAAAUGAAGGAACGAUCGAACGAAAUAGACGAGAGCAAACUAAACAUGGACCAGUUGAAAGGAUUGAAGGAUCACCAGGACACCGAUGAGUUGCUGAAGCGGCUGAGAGACAAAGACCAGAUGAUAACUCAGCUCGAGGAAAAAAACAAAGAACUCUCUGAGCACUUGAGGAGAGAACAGUUGUCUAGUUCGAAGCUGAGGAUAAAUCUGAUGAGCUGUCAGACGGAGUUGAAAAAAAUAAAGAGUAUUGUCAAGAUGAAGACGGAUCUCAUCAAUGAAGUUGCUGAGAGUGCCGUCAAAGUAAGAGAAUACUUUGGAGACGAAGUGAUAAUCGGUGUAAUCUCUGAUACUGAAGACGACACCUUCAGCCAGACGUAGCUGUAGUUUACUUUUUUAAUUUUUAAUUAAGUUGCGUUAUUUAUAAUUGAUAUGAAAAAAAAAUGUGUACAUUUUAAAUAAUUGAUAAGAUUACUGAUACAAUUAUUUAGAUACAUUAAGUAAAUGUAAUUUUUUAAUAAUAAAUGAUGUCUUAAUAUUAAUUUAAGUUUUGUAGUUAAUUAAGAUAAAUAUUUAAAAGAAACAUUUAUAUUUUAUAUAUAUAAAUUG